CGUCUAUACCCCGCGACAGGAGUGUUGGCCGGUGUUUGAUUAAAACCACUCGUGUCGUGGAAACCUGGCAAGUGUCGAAUCCACCAGCUGGUAGUGUUUAGCCUCUGGUUUUUAGUGUUUUUUACGGUCACGAGAAAAAAAAAAGUAGAACGAUGGAUCCGCUGGUUGCUGCAAUUGACCAGGGCACGAGCUCGACGAGGUUUCUGGUGUUCAAUGCAAAAACAGCUGAGCUGGUGAGUCACCACCAAAUGGAGAUCAAGCAGAGUUUCCCCAAAGAAGGCUGGGUGGAGGAGGACCCCAAAGAGAUAAUGCAGUCGGUGUACGAGUGCUUGGAGAGGACUUGUGAGAAACUCUGCCAGCUCAACGUCGACAUCUCCAACAUAAAAGCGGUGGGGGUGACCAAUCAGAGAGAGACCACCCUGAUUUGGGACAAAGAGACCGGAGAGCCACUCUACAACGCCAUUGUUUGGCUGGACCUGCGCACACAGUCCACUGUGGAGAGUCUCAUCAACAAAGCUCCGGGUCAAAACAAGAACCACCUCAAGCACAAGACAGGCCUUCCCAUCAGCACCUACUUCAGUGCAGUGAAGCUACGUUGGCUGCUGGACAACGUGGAUGAGGUGCGACAGGCGGUGCUGAGUGAGCGAGCCAUGUUCGGCACGGUGGACUCCUGGAUCAUCUGGUGCCUGACGGGGGGCAAGAACGGGGGGGUCCACUGCACAGAUGUCUCCAACGCUAGUCGCACCUUGCUCUUCAACAUUCACAGCUUGGACUGGGAUCCUGAGCUCUGCAGGUACUUUGACGUCCCGAUGGAAAUCCUCCCCCAAGUCAGAAGCUCCUCUGAAAUAUACGGCUGCAUGAAGUCCAGCUCUCUUGCAGGAGUUCCGAUCUCUGGGUGUCUUGGCGACCAGUCGGCUGCUCUGGUUGGUCAGAUGUGCUUCCAGGAAGGCCAGGCCAAAAACACGUAUGGGACCGGCUGCUUCCUGCUCAGAAAUACAGGGACCAAGCCUCUGAUGUCAGACCACGGCCUGCUGACCACAGUUGCCUACAAACUGGGAAAAGACGAGCCCGCCUGCUAUGCACUCGAGGGCUCCGUGGCCAUCGGAGGGGCAGUGGUGCGGUGGCUGAAGGACAACCUGGGCAUCGUGCAGUCUUCCUCAGAGAUCGAGAAGCUAGCAGCUGCAGCCGGCACGUCUUACGGCUGUUACUUUGUGCCGGCCUUCUCCGGCCUCUACGCCCCGUACUGGGAGCCCAGUGCAAGAGGCAUCAUCUGUGGGCUCACUCAGUUCACCAACAGGAACCACUUGGCUUUUGCUGCCCUCGAGGCCGUUUGCUUUCAGACCAGAGAGAUCCUUGAUGCGAUGAACCAGGACAGCGGCAUCCCUCUGACACAGCUGCAGGUGGAUGGAGGCAUGACCUCCAACAGGUUACUGAUGCAGCUGCAGGCCGACAUCCUCUGCAUCCCCGUAGUGCUACCCACCAUGUCAGAGACCACGGCUCUGGGUGCAGCCAUGGCGGCGGGGGCAGCAGAGGGGGUGGGCGUGUGGAGCCUGAGCCCCAGUCAUCUACCGCACGCCACGUCUGAGACAUACGAGCCUCAGAUCAACACUGAAGAGAGUGAGUUCCGCUUUGCUCGUUGGAAGAAGGCGGUCCAGAGAUCCAUGAACUGGGAGACCACAGAGCCGAGUGACAAUACCAACGGUUUAGGAAAGAAGAUGAACGGCGCCCCCUGGGGGGCUCCGCCCUCCCCUCCCCCCACCAGAGCAGUCCCCUAAGAUCACCAGGUGUAACUGGUUCCAGACCGAUCAGGGAUAUGGAAACCUAUGGAGCACGACUGGAAGAGGAAGUGACUGGCAGUGCAUAAAGGACUUGACGGGUGCAGGAUGUGACGAGGAGCCUGCUAGUAGUUGUACCAAGACUGAGAAAAGCUCAUCAACCUCAAGUACCAGCCGGGAUGAAGAGUCGCAACCUCUGGAACCUUUCCGAUGAGAUUUCUUAAAAAAAGAGAAACCACGGAUUUGCCUUCUUUAACUUGAACAGUAAAGCUUAGACUCAGCUGUUAGUCUGAAGUAUUGCACUACUAUUGUACCUCACUGUAUCAAAGGAUUCUGUACAAAGUGUUGUGGUGUACCUCUUUAACUUUGGGAUGUGUGAGAUUAGUCUAAUUCAGCUUUUAAGAAAAGUUACUGCAUACUCACGUGACAGUUCUGUACCCGGGGUCAGAAAUACUUCCUGGAUUUUCACAAUGAGCUAAAACCUUUUGGGCAUUGAGGAGGGGGGGGAUCUGACAUAAGGCUGACACCCUUUGUAUGGACAGGAUGGCUGUGGUAGACAUGCAGGUUAACAUUACUUAUCUCAGUACAGACUGAAGAGAACCCCUCAUACAACCAAGUCAAUGCAACACGGCCGGUCGGAUUCUAUUCAGUCUAGGGACCUGAUCUGAGCCAUCACAUCCACCGAUCACUUUAAUUUAGAAUGAAGACACCAAGAUUAAGUUUUUCUUUGAUUUGUCAUUUAAAGGUUAAUCUGGUUACUGUAUUCAUCCAAGGACCGAUUCACUUCACAGGGUGUGUGUCUAUAGCCAGAACCUAUGUUUGGUUUGAUGCUUAGCUAGUCCUUCAGCUGUAAUGUGAUGUCCAAUUAAAGAUUGUACGUGAGAACCUCA